AUGUCAGAUGAUGAGAGCCAGAAGAUCUCGGGUGCUGCCGCCGUAGCAGACGAGGCUGCUCCUGAUAGGACCUCGUCACAGCCGCGGACGACAUCUCCAGACGCCAAAGACAAACAACAUGAAGAGGACGUGAUGGAAAACUCACAGGAGAUUCGACCGCCACUACCUCCCAGACCGACAAAUCUGGAUUUGCUAGAUGAACGGGGGUCUAGUGGUUCUACCAGGCUGCCCAAACGGAUGGCCUCACGACCAAAUCUACAAGCACGACCAACCACUGCAGUUUCCUUGACUGAUGUCCACACGUCGAACAACCUACAAGAUCAUGGCUCCCCAACUCUCGCUCCUUCCAGCCGGCCUGUGUCUAGAAAACAGAGCACUGCCAAUAUGGACCGAUUUCGAAGUCGUGUAGGCAGCGAUGCAGCUGAAACAAGUAGUGUCCGCAGCUUCACAAACACUCUUGGAACAGGCGCCGAAAUGGAAAGUCUUAUCGGUGACCCAUUCCCCACAAGUCCAGCUUGGAAAUCACUGAGCGCACAACUGGAAAAGGAAAAUCCGAUGGAUCACGUCUUUGAUGAGGACGAUAUCUUCAGCCUUCGCAUGCAUCACGAGUUUGACGAGUUGGAGGAGUUUCGAGCUAACGGCACAAACGAGGAGUUUUUGAUGAACUCGUGGACGUCGAAACUAAAGCACUUUUUUAUUCUUUCGUCGUCGGGAAAACCUAUUUGGAGCAGACAUGGUGAUGAUCAAGUCAUUGCAAAUCACAUUGGAAUCCUGCAGACGCUCAUCUCGUUUUAUCAAGACGUGGACGAUAAUCUGCGCGGAUUCACUACUGGAAAUGCAAGAUUUGUCAUCUUGUCCAAAGGGCAUCUCAAUCUGGCAGCCAUCAGCAGGCUCGGCGAGAGUGACUUGCAGCUCAGGACGCAGCUGGAAUCUCUGUACAUGCAGAUUCUUUCGACAUUGACUUUACCGAGCAUGCAACGCAUGUUUUCAAACCGCCCUUCCACAGACUUGAGACGACCACUCCAAGGCACAGAAGUCCUCCUCGGAGCCCUGGCUGACGGCUUUACAAGAGGCUCUCUACCAACUCUCCUCUCCGCACUCGAAUGUCUCAAGAUCAGAAAAUCACAUCGUCAAGUCAUCAACAACACUCUCCUCAAAGUUAAAUCACCAAAUCUACUUUACGGUCUUAUGGUAGCAGGUGGUCGUCUGGUCAGUGUAGUGCGACCACGAAAACACUCCANNCUUCACCCAGGAGACCUUCAACUCAUCUUCAACAUGCUCUUUGNNGAAGCAGGCAGUGUCAAAGCAGGUGGUGGCGAGAACUGGAUUCCGCUGUGUCUGCCUGGGUUCAACAAUACCGGCUUCUUGUAUAUGUAUGUCAGUUUCUUAGAUAUUGGCCAGGAUCACGCCAAAGUAUCAGAAGAGCGACCGCAACAACCUUCGACAUCACUUAGAGAUGAUGAUCAAUUGGCUAUCAUCCUCAUCAGCGCGGACAAAGAGGCCUUCUACGAAUUACGCCAGAUGCGCGACGAUUUGAUCGAAGUGAGUUCCCUACUACAAUUCUCCAUCAUCUAUUCCUUGCAAAUGAAAUUAAUGAUUCUCUCUCCACAGCAACUCAACCAAAACGGCAGCAUGUCCAUCCUCAGCACCUCCAUCCGUCGUGGCCGCCCUUCGCUACCCUCCAUCCUCCCUUCCUCCCCCCUCCUCCACUUCAUCUACAAAUCACGCCCCAACGUCCAAUUCUUCACUCCCUCCUUCAGCCCCCACUUUGGAUCUUUGGUGCCUUUCCGCCGUUUGGUAUCUCUAUAUUCGAGUUUGCAUACUGCUGUUCACAAUAGAACUGCGCAUCUUAAGGUGCACUAUGCUUGUGCUAAGGAUGCCGUUGCGCUUGGGUGGGAGACUAAAGAGUAUGAGUUUUAUGGCGUUGCGGGCAAGGGGGCGAGUAGAGAGAGUGUUGCUAAAGCAGCACAAGAGGUGAUCAAAUGGGUGAGAAGGGAAGAGGAAAGGGUGUUUAUCAUUGGGNGUGCGGUAUUUUAG